AUGAGCAAUCCAAAUCGAAGAAGGAAGAAAAGGAGGAUCACGUCACUCAAUGAGCUGUAUGAACUAGAAUACGUAAAAAGAGAAAAAAAAAAAAAGUUGAAAAAAUUAAAUAUUUAUAAAAAAAAUAAAGUUGACUCGGUAAAUGAAGCAUAUGAAGUGAAGGAAGAAAAGGACGCAAAAAAGCAGGAUAAAAAGGAAAAAAAAGUUAACAUCAUACUGCUAAGAGAGUACAAAAAAUUAAAGGAAUUAGAAGAAGAACCUAAGCAGAUAUAUGGUGGACCAUCAGAUCAAGAAGAAAAAAAGGCAAAACAUAAAAAGGAGUCCCCACAUGUUACAUUUUUACAAAUUUUAAAAAAGAAAAAUAAAGGAAAUGAAAACUGGGAUGUACAUAAUAAUCUAAAUAGCGAAAUAACCAGUCAAGUAAAAUACGCGUCUUCAUUUUUGCAAGACGAUGUAACGAUAAAUAUCCAAAGAAAGGAUGAGGAGGUAGAUCCCGAAAAGGGAAAUAUCCCAAGAAUGCUAGGGAGUAAACAUAAGGAAAAUAAAAGGAUAAACGUGUUAAAAAAUGUGGAUGAAAUGUAUAUGUCCAUGUUAAUAAAAAAUGUAAGAAAUCAAAGCAACUAUUUUGCAAGCAGCGGGGAAAAAAGGAAUGGCAGUAAUAGUCGUAGUAACCGUAUUAGUCGUAGUAGCCGUAGUAGCCGUAGUAGUCGUAGUAGCCGUAGCAAUAGCAGUAGCAGUAACCGCGAUAAUGGCAAAAUCAACGGCAAGGGAAAGGGCAGAACUAGGAAUGGUAUUAGGGGCAGCGAAAGGGGGGGAUGUAAUGCCCUUGAUCAUAAUGAGAGUAGGCUGGACAAAGGUGGCACAGUUCCACCGAGUUAUUAUGCCAGUUUCAAGGCCGAUAAUAUAUAUAACAAUUAUAGUAACAGGUCUUACAAAAUAUGGGAAGAUAAAAUGGAUUAUUAUUUUACCUUUUGCCAAAAUGUGAAUGAAAAAUUUAUGGAACAAUUUUGUAGAAAGAAAUUAAAUAAAAUAAAACAAAAAAAAGAAAAAAUGAAAGAUAAGAAUAAAACUAUUGAAGAUAUAUAUGUUAGCUCUAAUUUGUUCUUUGAAACGAAUAUUUUUAGGAAGAGGGGAAAUCGGGAAGAUACAAACGAUGCUGUAGUAGAAAGUAGAAAUGACGAUGUAGACAAAAAUAUAAGUGAAGACGAAAAGGGUAAAGAUGAUCAAAUGGAAGAGACAAAAUUCCAGUUUUUUCAUAACAUUGAAAUUAAGCCCUAUUUUUUUUGCAGCUAUUUGGAAAAAAAUUAUAUAACAUAUUACUUGAUCAACAUCUUGGACACAAAACCAAAAUGUAUUUUAGAUCAACAUAAUUUCUAUAAUAUAUAUGAACCAAUACUAUGCAACUUGAGAAAUUAUCUUUGCUCGUUCAAACACCCCAUUUCCUAUUUUAGAAGUGAUAUAUACAUAUACCUAGAAAGGUACUACAAUAUGAGGAUUACAAAAUAUGUUAGCUGCGGAAAAAGAGAAGAACAGGAAGACCAAACUGAAUGUCGCGUGGUGAAUGCCAAUAUGGACAAGGAAGAAGAACAAUGCGAAACAUUACAAGGGGGGAAAAGUGAAAAAAAAAAUAAACAUAUAAAUGAAGUGGGAAAUGGAGAGCGAAACGGAAGAUCAAACGGCAGAACAAACAACGGUAAAAGCGGCAAGAUGCAUGGAAAAAAAAAGAAGACAUUUCUUGAUGUAAGCGCCAUUAUUGAGCAAAGCGAUGAAUUAAGGGGAUACUUUCACUAUAUCAAUUCGUAUGUGGACGUUUUGUUCACAAACCAGAAUGUUCUGAACAGCCAUUUUGUAAGGCUACUAAACAGCAUUCAUCAUUUAAACCACUUAAAGAAAAAAAGAAAAAGAAAAAAGUAUAUCAGAAAAAAAAUAGAAAAAUUAGAAAAAACUCAACAGGUGGAAAACAAGAAUAAUGUACAAUUAGAUGAAGAUUUUUGUGAUGAAAGUUUUGCUAAACCGAAAAUUUUGAUCUUAUGUGCUUUUAGAUAUAUUGCUAAAGAAUAUGUAGAUUUAAUAUGCAAAUUAUUAAAACCUAGUGAAAUAAAAAAUAAAAAUAAAUUACUAACUGAGUAUGAUAUAACCAUAGAGGAGAAAAAAAAAAUGAAAAAAGAAUAUUUAAAAAAAAAAAGAACAUUUGAUUAUAUUAACUUAUAUAGAGGUAAUAAUGAUGACUGCUUCAGAUUAGGAAUAAAGUUGUUAGAUGAUGAAAAAAGAAUACAGAUAUAUAGUCCAUUUUAUGAUAGUGAUAUUUUAAUAUGUUCUCCUCUGGGCUUAGAUACUAUUAUUAAAGAAAGUCAGGAAGAGGGAGAAGAGAAGAAUCGUUUACUGAGUGGUACCGAUUCCUCAGAUAAUUAUGAACUAAUAGAUGACACAAACAGUUCAUCAUCAAAAAGAAAAAAAAAUAAAAAUAACAAUGAGUACAAGCGAAAAAUAAAACUUAAUAGGAAAAAAAAAAAAUUGUACGAAUAUGACUUUCUAUCAUCUAUUGAAAUUUUAAUUAUAGACCAAGUAGACAUAAUUCUAAUGCAGAAUUUGUUAACAUUAAAAAAUGUUCUUGAUUUUAUAAAUAAACCAUUACUAAGAUGGGGAAAUGCAAAUAUAAAUAGAAUACCCAAAUAUAUAGUAAAUGGGUAUAUAAAAAAUUAUAGACAAACAAUUAUUUCUUCUAGUAUUUUAGACACGAAUUUUAUUUCGUUAAUCCAGUUAGCAAAUAAUUACAGGAGUUACAUAAAAUUAUUUAUAAAAAAUGGUGUUCAUAGUAGUAUGCAUAAUGGUGGGAAUAAUGAUGCUCAUAGUGACGCUUAUAAUGAUGCUACUGUUUUAUUAAAUAUAAGAAAUUAUUUUAGCACGAAUCAAUAUUUCAAAAAAAUAGAGUGUGAUAAUGUGUUAAAAAUAGAAGAAAACAUCAUAAAUUUCUUUUCAACAAAUGUCGUUGACAUUUUAACAAAUAUAAAACAUCUUAUCCUAUUUCUACCAACCUAUAUUGAAUAUAUAAGACUAAAUGAAAUACUAAGAAAAACAGAUAUCUCUUUUAAAGGGGUUAAUGAAUAUACAAAUAAAAAAAAAUUAUUAAAAAUUAAGAAAUUAUUCAAGUUUGGAAGAAUUAAUAUUUUGUUAGUUACUGGUCGUUUAAUUUUUUACGAAAGAUGUACUUUUGCAGGGGCCAACCACAUCAUCUUUUUUUCCCCUCCAAAAUUUAUUUUUAUGUACUUUGAGUUAAUUAAAAAUUUAAACAGGAACGUUAAUACGUCCUCUAUAUGUUAUUACACAAAAUAUCAUACAUACGAGUUGGAAAGAAUUGUAGGACAAAAAAGAGCCAAGCAUUUAGUGAGCGAGAACAAUGGAAAGAUAACGCUCUUCAAGUGA